AUGCGAGUGUCUGUCCAGGGGGACCAACCCCGCAGGGCCCAGCAGGAGGUGGCCCUGUGUCAGUGCACUCUGACCUCUCACAGCAACGUCAGGACUGAGGCCAAUGCUACACAAACCGACUGGACCCUGUCCCUGGUGACCCACUGCCUCCUGCUGGAGCCUGAGGGGGGCCCCUGUGAGCUCUGCCUGGCUGUGGAGAUGCCCACCAGCAGCUGGCCCUCAAGGGCCGCAUUCCUCAGUCCUCGGGCAUCUGACACACUUGGGCCCGCCGCCAGCAGCACCAUCAACCUGGCUGCCCAGCCUGGCCCUGCCACCUUCCUGGCGCUCCAGGCCAGGGGCUGGAGGGGUAAUGGAGUAGGGGAUGGGGAAUCGGGGUCACUCCUGGCAUGGGCCUGCCCUCUGGCCCAGCAGGGCCUGGGCCUCCCAGUUGGGCUGCAGCCCAGAGGCUCCCUGCAGGUUGUAGGUGGGGAAGGAGUGGCAUCAGGGACCCUGGCAGUAGCCGGCCAUACAGCCACCCUGACCCUGGCGGUGGCCGUGCGCCACUCCAAGGCCACUCUCCAAGCGCAGCUGAGGCACACAUUGCCUGUGCUGCAGGCUCUCCCCCAAGAGACCUCUCUGACCAUCCAGCUUGGGCAGGAGGCCGGGCACCGGCUGGGCCUGGAGCUGCAAGCAGGGGCCUGUAAGCUGCAGGGUGUCGGCGAGCUGCAGCUGGACCGCGGGCUGUGGUGGCGGGUGCUGGCCCAGAGCUCCUGCGAGGCCCUGCAGCUCUCCAUGGACCUUCAUGAUGGUGGCUCCGGCUUUGGGCAUUCCGGAUGUGUCACUGCGGGGCCCACUUCUCUGAACUAUACUGGAAGGUGCUCUCACUUUCCUGUACACCUGGAGCUCUCUGGCCAGAACGAGGAUGACAGUGUGGCCCUGAUGCAGGCUGGGUCCCCAGGCAAGGCCCGCUUCAGCACCAAGCUGCAGAUGCACAGCAAGGCACCCAGCCCGCUGCCUCCAGAACAGAGAGCCGCGCAGGGGACCUGCCCACCUGUCUCAGGCCUUGGCCAGGUGCACUGAGAUGCCUCUCAGGCCUGGUGUGGCCCUGGGCAGGACAUCCUUGUCCUUUAUGGCCUGGUUCCCAAGGGAGCCCUUUCCUAGGGCUGUCAAAACAAAGUAUCUCAAGCUGGGUGGCUUACAAAAUCAGAAGUUUGUUCUCUCCCAGUCGGGAGGGCAGAAGUCAAAAAUCAGGUGUCAGGGCGUUUUCCUUGCAGAAGUUGGGUAGGUGGUGGUAUCCGUGGGGUGACCACCUCUCUGCCCCUACUCCUUGUCCCCUGGAGGCCAGCGGGACCUCUCAGUUCCCUCACUGCUGGCAACACCCAACAAUCACAGCCCCUCAGGGGGGUUCUUGGCUGCCUGGCAUUAAUGGUCUGAGUGCCCCUGGCAGUCGGGACCUCCCUGGGCAUGGGGAUUGGGUCC